AUGACUUUAAUCAGGCAAAUUCCAACUAUAUGCAGGACUCAUUUACUUCGUUCUCGAUCCAUAGCUGUCUUAGAUCGAAAACAACUACCUCCAAAAUUAUUUUUAUGUAGCAAUCUUUUAACCAGAAAAAAUUCAACUGUUUUAGAAGACGAUAAAAAGAAAAAACAUAAACAUAGUCCCUACGCUAUUGCAGUUAAUACUCCCUUACCAUCUCGUGUCGCUCCCGAUGCAGAGACUGACGAAUUUAUACUUGAGGGACUUAAUUGUUUUACCAUAAAUUUUGGCCCUCAACACCCGGCAGCCCAUGGUGUACUUCGUAUGAUUCUAGAAUUGAAGGGUGAACAAAUUGUCCGUGCUGAUCCUCAUAUUGGUCUUUUACAUCGUGCAACUGAAAAGCUUAUCGAGUAUAAGACAUAUCUUCAAGCUCUCCCUUAUUUUGAUCGACUAGAUUACGUUUCAAUGAUGGCCAAUGAACAAUGUUAUUCGUUGGCUGUCGAAAAGUUGUUGAAUAUUGAAAUUCCUGAGAGGGCAAAAGUUAUUCGAACUAUGUUUGCAGAGAUUACUAGAAUUAAGAAUCAUAUCAUGGCUGUUACGACUCAUGCAUUGGCAUACGUUCGUCCUGGAGGUGUUUCACAAGACUUACCCUUAGGUUUAAUGGAAGACAUUUACCAAUGGGCCACACAAUUUAGUGCUCGUGUUGAUGAAGUUGAUGAGGUGCUAACGGGAAAUCGCAUAUGGAUAAAUCGUACAAAAGGCAUUGGAAUUGUUACCAUGCAAGAUGCAUUGGAUUAUAGCUUCUCUGGGGUGAUGUUACGUGGUUCUGGUGUUAAAUGGGAUCUGCGUAAAGUUCAACCCUAUGAUGCAUACGAUAAAGUUGAGUUUGAUAUACCAAUUGGCUCAACAGGAGAUUGCUAUGACAGAUAUCUAUGUCGUAUGGAAGAAAUGAGACAAAGUUUGAGAAUUAUUCACCAAUGUUUAAAUAUAAUGCCACCUGGACCUGUGAAGGUUGAUGAUUGGAAAAUAGCACCACCAAAUAGAGCAUCUAUGAAAGAAAAUAUGGAGGCGUUAAUUCAUCAUUUCAAAUUGUAUUCGGAAGGAUACUCGGUUCCUCCCGGCGAAACUUAUACUGCAAUAGAGGCCCCCAAGGGAGAAUUUGGUGUUUUUUUGAUCCGUGCCCCAGGCUUCGCUCAUCUUGCAGGAUCAGAUUUUAUGUCUCGUGGACAUUAUAUUCCUGAUAUGGUUACAG